AUAUGUAAACGAUAAUCUUGUUGAAUCUGGUCUAAUAAUAAUCAUAUAAAAUGUAGAUAUGUGAUGAUUUUUAUGCCAUGAUACAUUUUACAAAAUUUAAACAGUUAAAAUGCACAAGUUAUUAAAUUACCAGUUUAAGUUAUCAUACAUUCUUUAGAGUUUUUUAUAAGCAAAAUCGAUUUAAAUAAAACAUAAUUUAGAAGAGUUACAUUAUUGUAACAAUUAUCAUUAUCAUGGUGAGGAGGCAACAUGAUAAAACCACUUCAAGGAGUUUUAGAUUAGUUCUUUAGAACCUUAAUAAGCAACUUCAGUAAACAAUUGUUUACUUCAACAUGGUUCAGCAGAGGGUUCCAGGCAUUAAUGGUAGAGGUGGAAAGCGUUUUAUCUUAACACUCAUCGUAGGAACAAUUUUUGGUUUUUUAUCAGCAUGUCUUCUUAUCACAGCUACUAAAGAUGUAUCACACAUAUUUAAUUGGUUGCCUCAUAGUGCUGCACCCGGUAAUGGACACCAGUUUCCAGAUGCUGAUUUACGAUUUGAACCAGAUGGAGAUAUUAAAUUUCAUGAAAAAGAUGAAAUUUUCCACAAAAAUGAAGAUAAGGUAGCACAAGAAUUAAAAAAGAAAGUUCGUGUACUCUGCUGGGUAAUGACUGGACCAAAUAAUCAUCAGAAAAAAGCUAAACACGUGAAAGCAACUUGGGGAAAGCGAUGUAAUGUCCUACUCUUUAUGAGUUCCGAAAAAGAUGACAGUUUACCUGCAAUAGCUUUACCUGUAAAAGAAGGAAGGAAUAAUCUUUGGGGAAAAACAAAAGAAGCAUUUAAGUAUGCGUAUGAAAAUUAUAAAGAUAAAGUUGAUUGGUUUAUCAAGGCUGAUGAUGACACAUAUGUAAUAUUAGAAAAUUUACGAUACAUGUUAUCUUCAUACAGUCCAGCGUCUCCGUUGUACUUUGGAUGUAGAUUUAAGCCAUACGUGAAACAAGGAUAUAUGAGUGGUGGCGCGGGAUAUGUACUUAGUAGAGAAGCUCUUAGGAAAUUUAUUGAGGAAGGAUUACCGGACAAAACAAAAUGUCGACAGGAUCAUGGUGGAGCUGAAGAUGUAGAAAUGGGCAAAUGUUUAGAGAACGUGAAUGUACUUGCAAUGGAUUCGCGUGAUCCACUGGGUCGUGGAAGAUUUUUCCCGUUUGUACCGGAACAACACUUAAUAUCAAAACAACGGGACGUUAACUUUUGGUAUUGGAAUUAUAUUUACUACGAUACUAAGGAUGGUUUAAAUUGUUGUUCUGACAGUGCCAUAUCUUUUCACUAUGUGUCGCCGAAUAUGAUGUACGUUCUCGAAUAUUUAAUUUAUCAUUUGAGACCGUACGGAAUCACGCAUAGUGUAGAUGAAAUAGCAACAAAUAAAUCGAUUUCUUUGAGUAAUAAUAACUAGUCUCGGCUAAGUCAACUUAUUUUUUAUUGUCAAGUGCAAACUUUAAUGUAAUAUAAUAAUGAUAAUCAUUCCUUGUUAUUAAUUCCAUUUUUAUAAGACGAUUUUUAACUUUCAUUAAUGGAAAUUAAUAGCAUCAUAUAUGCUAUUCAAUAAGUUUGCGCAAUACAUUAA